AUGAGCGCCAAAGCAGACUAUGAGAAAAACAUCCCCGAUGAUGGCGCUGACAUUCGCGCUGAGCCCAUCAGCAGCACUGCGUCCGGGUUGCAUCGCCGUCUGGCAAAUCGUCAGAUUCAGUUAAUCGCCAUCGGAGGUUCAAUUGGUACCGCCGUCUUCGUCUCUAUCGGCGCCGCCGUGGCCAAGGGCGGCCCUGGAUCACUCUUCAUCGCAUACACUAUUUACUGUUGCUUCCUGGCCAUGGUAACCAAUUGUCUCACGGAAAUGUCUGUCUACAUGCCUGUCAGUGGUGGGUUCAUCCGUCUCGCGGGGAAGUGGGUCGACGAUGCCUGGGGGUUUACAGCUGGCUGGAAUUUCUUCCUCUACGAGGCGAUCCUCAUUCCAUUUGAAAUUACUGCGAUCUCGCUGGUCAUGUCCUAUUGGAGGGACGAUAUUCCCGCCGCGGCUGUCUGCGGUGCUUGUGUUUUUCUCUACGGGGCUCUGAACAUCCUCGCCGUCAGGGCCUACGGUGAAGCCGAAUUCUGGCUCUCCGGCGGUAAAAUCUUCCUGAUUCUGAUCCUCUUCACCUUUACCUUUAUCACAAUGGUCGGUGGAAAUCCUGCCCACGAUGCCUACGGGUUUCGCUACUGGAACAAUCCCGGGGCGUUCGCGGAAUACACAAGCCUAUCGGUAGGGGCAAUGGGCCGCUUUGAAGGCUUCCUUGCCUGUGUCUGGUCAGCUGGUUUCGCAUGUGUCGGUCCCGAGUACAUCUCGAUGGUCGCCGCCGAGGCUAAACACCCUCGCCGCUACAUUAAGACUGCCUUCAAGACUGUAUAUUGGCGAUUUGGGUUUUUCUUUAUCGGCUCUGCCCUCUGCACCGGAAUUGUCGUCGCCUACGACGAUCCCGUUCUGCAGGACAUUCACCUCAACAAUGGCGGAGGUUCAGGAAGUGCGGCCGCCUCUCCAUACGUUAUUGCAAUGACCAACAUGGGCAUCGAGGGUCUUCCUCAUGUUGUCAACGCUCUCCUCAUUACUUCUAUCUUCAGUGCGGGAAACACUUACACGUAUACCGCGACUCGUAUUCUGCACUCCCUCGCCCUGGAAGGCCGUGCACCAAGAAUCCUCCGCACGUGCACGAAAAAUGGCGUGCCCAUCUACUGCUUUCUUAUUGUCAUGGCCUUUCCAUUCCUCUCUUUCUUGCAGGUAUCUAACUCCUCAAGCACCGUGCUGACUUGGAUGACCAACCUUGUUACCGCGGCGGGCAUCAUCAACUAUGUCAUUAUCACUGUAACGUACAUCUGCUUCUACCGCGCCACGGUCGCACAAAACUUCGACCGCUCGACUCUUCCCUACACUGGUUGGUUCCAGCCCUACUCCGGAUACAUUGGCUUCGCGUGGAUGUUCACAGUUGUCUGCACCUACGGCUACGAGUCUUUCACGCCUUGGUCAAUUGAGACAUUUUUCACAAAUUACACCAUGGUCCUGCUCGCCCCCAUCCUAUUCACAGGCUGGAAAUUGAUCAAGAGGACCAAGUUCGUUAAGCCUCAUGAGGCGGACUUAAUAUGGGAAGCGCCGGAGAUUACGGCUUAUGAGGAGGAAUUAAGUCUCAUCGAGCCCCCAACGGGCUUUUGGGAGGAGAUGUUCGGGUGGUUGUUUUUUUGGAGAAAGUAA